GGUGAGAUUAGAUCAGGUCAGGUGAGGGCUGAGAGCGGCUGAGUGGCGUUACAGGUAACACACUGGUUCAUUAACAUACGGGUUAAUCGAGAUAAGGUGAGGUCAGCCCACGGUGGACUCAGCAAUGUCAGCGAUGGAAAUCCCCUACGUGUUGAUCUCUGGGCUACUGAUGGUCACUCUGUCUCUCAAACCCUCCGCAAAACCCCUCGCUGCGGUCCAGGACAAGGUGCCAGCGGCGAACCGAACGCUGAACCUGACGAUCACUGACAUCGGUCCGCGAGUUAACGUGUCACGGUCUGAGCAGAACCCGGAUGGGGCUGCACGCGCGAAGAACCCACCCUCUGCACGGAGGACACAAACAAACAGACAGACAAACAAACAGACAGACAGGCAAACAAACAAGCAAACAAACAAGCAAACAAACAAGCGUGAGAAAGGGAAGAACUGCUUUGGGCACAAAAUGGACCGGAUCAGCGACCUGAGCGGGAUGGGCUGCAAAAAGGACUGAGGCGCCACCUUGCGGCCAGAGGAGGAACUACAGCCGAGCACUGAGUUACUGUAAGAACAGCUGAACUGAGCUUUUCAUUCAGCCCACGUGUUUUAAUGAGUCCUUCACUGGUCCUGAAGAUUGGACUGUGCUGAAUUCCAGCCUGGACAAAAGGGACAAAAUGAUGGAGAUGGAGAUUUUACUGCACUGCAGCAGUGCACUGCUGUGGAGGCGCCGCCGUGUGGACACGUCUAAUGCAGCAGUGCCUCUGUGUAAUAAUGUAUUUAGACUGUUAAUGGGGUUAAAGGCCAACACGGUUACUGUGUGUGUGUGUAUAUAUGACUGUGAGGCCCAGACAAGCACAUUCUCAGUGUGUCAUAUAAACCAAAUCACACUGAGAAUCUGCUGAUGAAGCUGAUUCAGGAUCAGACAGUCUGACAUGAUCAGGCUCUGUUACUGAAGCAGAUCCAGGGUUGAGGUGAAGUUACUGCAGGUCGCCGAGAAACAAACACAGCCUUACUGCACACACUUAAAGGGGAACUCCAAGAUUUUCCAAAUUUCCACUUAAUUAACCUGUUAAGACAUAAACCGAGUCGUUCCGAGCGGCUUGGUGUGAAACAUUGCGCUCUACAGUCAGAGCUGUUCACAGUGCACAUUCCAGAUUUUCCACUAUUUUCCAUCAUCAACUUUCCAUAUAAACUCA